AUGGAGGGACGCUACGUUCUCGAAUUGCGUGAUCGCGACCCAGCCACCGUCGAAGAUUUGGUACUAGAUGGUUGUGAGAGUGCGGAAAUUGAGGGUAUCAACGACAAGCUCGUAAAGCUCCAGAGCCUCAGUAUGGUUCAUGUGGGUUUGCAAAGCCUGAAGAACAUGCCGAAGCUUCCGCAAUUAAGUAAGCUUGACAUCUCGGAUAAUAGCAUAGCUGGUGGUCUGGAACAUGUCGCUGAUAACUGCCCCGAACUCCUCCAUCUCAAUCUUGCGUCAAAUAAAAUCGCGAAGAUCGAGGAUUUGGAACCAUUGAAGAAGAUGAAGCUUGCCGAGCUUGAUUUGUUCAAUAAUCCCGUCACUGUUGGGGAUGGUGAAUACAGAUCCAAAAUCUUUGAAAUGAUUCCGUCGCUUCAAAUUCUUGAUGGAGCCGACGUUAACGGUGAAGAUGUAGACGAUUCCCUUGAUGGCGAGGAUGGUGGCGAAGGUGAAGAUAGUGCCGAGGAUUCUGGUUCCGAUAUUGAUGGCCCUGGUCUUAGCUAUUUGGAUAACAGUCAACUCGACGAGGAUGAAUCUGAAGAAUACAAGCCGGAAGAUGCAACUGAGGACCUUCCUAGGAGAGGUUUGAAGAGGCGUAAUGAAGAAACUAACGGCGAAGAAUCUGGUGCAAAGAAAAGAGCUGAUGACUAA